GAAGCUCUUCAGUUAAACGUUUUGUUAAAAAAAAUCCUCGAAAUGGCAAAAUUUGUAGCGUUGAUCGUUUUUCUUGCAGUUGCUGCUAUUAUUCAAGCUAUACCGGUCGUCAAAAGAGACAUUUCAGUUUUUGCAAGACAACUUGUACCUAAUCAAGUUGUAUAUGGAAACGGAAUUCCUGGUAAUCAAGCAGAAAUUGUUAAUGAACAUUCACAAAACGAUGGAAAUGGAAAUUAUGAUUUUGGCUACAAGCAAACAGAUCUUCAAGAGCGUCAUGAAAAAGGAACAGUAGCAAUCAAUCCAGAAACUGGAAAUUUCACACUCGACAAUGUCAUUGGAUCCUACAAAUUUGUCCGUCCUGAUGGAUUAUGGCAAAUUGUUGAAUACAGAGCUGACACAAAUGGAUUUGCACCAAUUAUCAGAACUGAACCAUACAAUAGUUCACUUUAAAAGUGUUUAAUAGAUUUUUGAAACAUGCUUAAUAUUUUUAAAAAAUAAAAUAUUGUUAUUUAAAAAGAA